CCGGCUGAAUUGCAUCCGUAUUGCCAGGAAAGCUGCCUGCAAGGAAAGCAAACAGCCCCUGGAGGUGUCCCAGAGGUCGGAGGAGAUGGGGCUCAUCCUGGGCAUCUGUGCAGGGGGACUUGCCGUCCUCAUCCUCCUCCUGGGGGCCAUUAUUAUUAUCAUCCGAAAGGGGAAGCCAGUGAACAUGACCAAGGCCACGGUCAACUACCGCCAGGAGAAGACCCACAUGAUGAGUGCCGUGGACCGGAGCUUCACGGACCAGAGCACCUUGCAGGAGGAUGAGCGGCUGGGCCUCUCCUUCAUGGACGGCCAUGGCUACAGCCCCCGGGGAGACCAGCGCAGUGGUGGGGUCACUGAGGCUAGCAGCCUCCUGGGGGGCUCACCGCGGCGUCCGUGUGGCCGGAAGGGCUCCCCGUACCACACGGGGCAGCUGCAUCCUGCGGUGCGUGUGGCCGACCUCUUGCAGCACAUCAACCAGAUGAAGACGGCCGAGGGCUACGGCUUCAAGCAGGAGUAUGAGAGCUUUUUUGAAGGCUGGGAUGCUACAAAGAAGAAAGACAAGGUCAAGGGCGGCCGGCAGGAGCCCAUGCCUGCCUAUGAUCGACACCGAGUGAAACUGCACCCGAUGCUGGGAGACCCUGAUGCCGACUACAUUAAUGCCAACUACAUAGACAUUCGGAUAAACCGUGAAGGUUACCACAGGUCAAACCACUUCAUAGCCACUCAAGGGCCGAAGCCCGAGAUGAUCUACGACUUCUGGCGCAUGGUGUGGCAGGAGCACUGUUCCAGCAUUGUCAUGAUCACCAAGCUGGUGGAGGUGGGCAGGGUGAAAUGCUCGCGGUACUGGCCAGAGGACUCGGACAUGUACGGGGACAUCAAGAUCACGCUGGUGAAGACGGAGAUCCUAGCAGAGUAUGUCGUGCGCAGCUUUGCCCUGGAGCGGAGAGGCUACUCUGCCCGCCAUGAGGUCCGCCAGUUCCACUUCACGGCGUGGCCGGAGCACGGCGUCCCCUACCACGCCACGGGGCUGCUGGCCUUCAUCCGGCGCGUGAAGGCCUCCACGCCCCCUGAUGCUGGGCCUAUUGUCAUCCACUGCAGCGCGGGCACUGGCCGCACAGGUUGCUACAUCGUUCUGGAUGUGAUGCUGGACAUGGCGGAGUGUGAGGGCGUCGUGGACAUUUACAACUGCGUGAAGACCCUCUGCUCCCGGCGCGUCAACAUGAUCCAGACUGAGGAGCAGUACAUCUUUAUCCAUGAUGCAAUCCUGGAGGCUUGCCUGUGUGGGGAGACCACCAUCCCUGUCAGCGAAUUCAAGGCCACCUACAAGGAGAUGAUCCGCAUUGACCCUCAGAGUAACUCCUCCCAGUUGCGGGAGGAGUUCCAGACGCUGAACUCGGUCACGCCGCCGCUGGAUGUGGAGGAGUGCAGCAUCGCCCUGCUGCCCCGGAACAGGGACAAGAACCGCAGCAUGGAUGUCCUGCCGCCUGACCGCUGCCUGCCCUUCCUCAUCUCCACCGACGGGGACCCCAACAACUACAUCAACGCAGCCCUGACAGACAGCUACACGCGGAGCGCAGCCUUCAUCGUGACCCUGCACCCGCUGCAGAGCACCACGCCUGACUUCUGGCGGCUGGUCUACGACUACGGGUGCACCUCCAUUGUCAUGCUCAACCAACUGCACCAGUCCAACUCCGCCUGGCCGUGCCUGCAGUACUGGCCUGAGCCGGGCCGGCAGCAGUAUGGCCUCAUGGAGGUGGAGUUCGUGUCAGGCACAGCGGACGAGGACUUGGUGACCCGCGUUUUCCGGGUGCAGAACAUCUCUCGGCUGCAGGAGGGGCACCUGCUGGUGCGACACUUCCAGUUCCUGCGCUGGUCUGCGUACCGGGACACGCCGGACUCCAAGAAGGCCUUCCUGCACCUGUUGGCCGAGGUGGACAAGUGGCAGGCAGAGAGCGGGGACGGGCGCACCGUCGUACACUGCCUAAAUGGGGGCGGCCGCAGCGGCACCUUCUGCGCCUGCGCCACGGUCCUGGAGAUGAUCCGCUGCCACAACCUGGUAGACGUUUUCUUUGCUGCCAAAAUGCUUAGAAACUACAAACCCAAUAUGGUGGAGACCCUGGAUCAGUACCACUUCUGCUAUGAUGUGGCCCUGGAGUACCUGGAGGGACUGGAGUCAAGAUAGCAGGGGCCCCUGGCCUGGGGCACCCACUGCGCACUCAGGGCCAGGCCCACCAUCCCGGACUGACAAGGAAGACCUGCGCCCCCAACUCUGCUCAGCUGUAGCCCUCACAGGGAAAUUACCGGAGUGGGCGCUGGGCCAUCCCGGUGCCCCCUUCCAGUGUGGGCAGGGCCUUUCAGCACCUCCGUGGGUAUGCUGCGGGCCAAGGAGGAGCUUAGCAAGACUGCAGCCCAGCCCACCUCUGCGGGGUCCUGCAGGCCUGCUGAGAGGCCUGGCGCUGCCUGGCAGAGUGAUGGGCUCAGAACUGCCGGCUCUGGGAGACCCAGGCUCAAGCCCCUGGAUUGCAUCCCAGCCCUUGGCAGAGAUGAGUGAGGCCCUGUAGAGCAAGUGCCAGACCAGGGUUUCCACCCAGCUUGGCUGGACAUGGGUAGAGAGUGCACUGGGGCUUGGCAUCUAGCACCCCAUCUGGCCCAGCCCCUGAGGGUCCUGGGGAGACUGGACUCUGCCCUGAUUUGCCAGUGGGCACUUCAGACUCGUCCUCCCAGGGGGAGCUUCAGCUCCCUCCUCCACCUGCUGCCUCCCUGCAGCCCCAGGGAUAUUUUGCUCAUGAUUCCCACCCCCCCUCCAUUUCUGCUUCCCUGAAUGUGCUCUGAGCUUCCCCGAACCAGGAUCUGCCCAUCCCUACCCUGUCCCGUGUGGGGUCCCUUCCCCGCUUGACCCGAUGUCUGCAGAAUGAAGUCACCUCAGCCCCCACUGCCUAUAACUUUCAGGCCUCACUGGCUGGGUCCUGCUCAGCCUGGGUCAGUGACAAUCUGCAAGGCUGAAUGACAGCCCCUGGGGUUGAGGUCCCUGUGGCUUCUGGUCUGGCUGGCCACUGGGACGCUAUUAAAUCAGGGGUGCUCAGCACCCCUAGAGUUUGGAGAAAGAAGGUAUAUUUUGGGAUGGAGGAUCUCUGCUUUUUUUGUUUAUUUUAUUUUUUGAUGGGGGGGUGGGAAGGUCUCUUUAAAAUGGGGCAAGCCACACCCCCACUCCGUGCCUCAAUUUCCCCAUCUGUAAACUGUAGAUAUGACUACUGACCUACCUCGCAGGGGGCUGUGGGGAGGCAUAAGCUGAUGUUUGUAAAGCGCUUUGUAAAUAAAUGUGCUCUCUGAAUGCCA